CUCCCUUUUCUCCUCUCUUUUCAUUUUCUACUGUUCUCUCCCUCCAGUUUCUCUCUCUCUCGCCGGUGAAUCUCCUUUUCCUCUUGCCGGAAAAGUCCUCGACGUUCUCCAACCACCGCCGUCUUCCGCCUUAGAGAUUCUUACUUUAUUGCCGCUUGCGUGUUCUUGUCGCUUUCCUUCGAUUCCACUCCGGAGCCUCUGGAUCUCUGAAUCUGACUCUCCUUCUUCUGGUUCUUCGCCUCUUUCGAGAAUGUGGUCCGCCUCCUCCUCCUUUCUCCCUCGCACUUGACUGCUCCUGCCUGGAUUGUGAUCUAGGGUUUCGGUUUCUGGAUUUCCGGUUUGUGUUUGUUAUUGUAUUGUUUUUUUUUUUUCGUUCUGCGGUUGUGCUGUUUCGGUGAAGUGAACGGAGACGGAGGCGUGAAGGUAGAAGACGCAGCUCCGUGAUGAGAUAGUGGAGGGAAGAAUUUGCACAUCGGGAGAGGACAGAAAUGGGUUAGAUGUUCUGUAGCGCAAGAGGCUUCAGCUAAUGAAUUGUGAAGCUACCAACAAAACUGCAGCUGUCAAGAAAAUGAUGAAUAGAAGUGGAGGUGAUGCUUUAAGGGCUUCAGCUCCAUGUGGUGUGAGAUUACUUGGUGGCAAUUCAGAAACUUUUUCUCGAUCAAGUGGCAUGUCAAAUGAGAGGGAUGUCUUUUCGAAAAGGAGAGUAGAUAAGUUUGAAUACGAUGAUUUAGAGUGGACCGAGAAGAUUCCAGAAUGCCCUGUAUAUUCUCCGUCAAAGAAGGAGUUUGAGGAUCCUUUGAUCUAUUUGCAAAAGAUAGCUCCAGAAGCCUCAAAAUACGGCAUAUGCAAGAUUGUCUCGCCACUGGCUGCUUCUGUUCCUGCCGGGGCUGUAUUAAUGAAGGAGAAACCAGGGUUCAGGUUUACAACGAGAGUACAACCUUUUCGCUUUGCUGAAUGGAAUACUGAUGAUCAGGUUACCUUCUACAUGAGUGGCAGGAACUAUACAUUUCGCGAUUAUGAAAAAAUUGCGAACAAGAUAUAUGCUCGUAGAUAUAGUAGUUCUGGAUGUCUACCUGCCUCAUAUUUGGAAAAGGAAUUUUGGCGUGAAAUUGCUAGUGGGAAGACAGAAAGUGUUGAAUAUGCUUGCGAUGUUGAUGGUAGUGCCUUUUCAUCUUCUCCAACUGAUGAGCUUGGGACAAGUAAAUGGAAUUUAAAGAAUCUUUCACGGCUACCCAAGUCCAUAUUGCGCCUUCUGGAAACUCCAAUACCGGGAGUCACGGACCCCAUGCUUUAUAUUGGAAUGCUGUUCAGUAUGUUUGCUUGGCAUGUGGAAGAUCAUUAUCUAUACAGUAUUAAUUAUCAUCAUUGUGGGGCAUCUAAAACUUGGUAUGGCAUUCCUGGUCAAGCAGCUUUGCUGUUUGAAAAUGUGGUCAGGGAGCAUGUAUACACUAGCGAUAUCUUAUCCACUGGUGGAGAGGAUGGAGCAUUUGAUGUUCUUCUGGGGAAAACAACGUUGUUUCCACCAAAUAUUUUGUUGGAUCAUGAGGUGCCUGUAUACAAAGCUGUCCAGCAACCUGGGGAGUAUGUAAUUACCUUCCCCAGAGCAUAUCAUGCUGGAUUUAGUCAUGGCUUCAAUUGUGGUGAAGCAGUAAACUUUGCAAUGGGUGAUUGGUUCCCUUUGGGAGCUGUUGCCAGCCAGCGGUAUGCUCUUCUAAACAGGAUGCCUCUAAUUCCUCAUGAAGAGCUUCUAUGUAAAGAAGCAAUGCUUCUCUACACAAAUUCAGAAUUUGAGGACCAACAUUAUGCGUCUGUAGAGUUAGACUCUCAUUAUUCUGUUAAGACUUCUUUUGUACGUAUGAUUCGCUUCCAGCAUCGUGCUCGAUGGGCUUUGAUGAAAUCGAGAACGUGCACUGGCAUUUCACCAAAUUGCCAUGGAACCAUCCUUUGCAGCUUAUGCAAACGUGACUGCUAUAUAUCAUAUAUUAACUGCAGUUGUUCUGGACAUCCAGUGUGUCUUCGUCAUGAUAUCAAAUCUCUGAACUUCUCAUGUGGUAGCAACCGUACACUCUUCUUGUGUGAGGAUAUUUUAGAAAUGGAAUCUGCAGCUAAAAAAUUUGAGCAGGAAUGUGGAACAUUGGAUGAGAUUCAUGGACAAACUUAUAAUGAUGAAGAAUUAUAUUCUUAUCCUAUGUUAAAUUCAUUUAAACGAGCUGAUGUGGAUGGAUACACUCCUUAUUGCAAGAUAGAAGUGCAGUUGAAUUCUGAAUUUACUACUGCUGCUGCUUCUCUUUGUCGCUUGGGAGAAAAUGAGGGUGUUUCCUGUAGCCAACCUACUCUAAGUUGUAUCACCGAAAACCAUAGACCUGAACCAUCAGAUCCUUCUCUCUCUUGUGAAGCAUCAACUCUUUGUUCAGUUGUAGACUACAAUGAAUCAUUGUCCACAACUAGCCAUGUACAAAGAAAUUCAAGUUUUGAGCAGUCCUCAGAAAUUUCUGUCUGUGCACUUGAAUCAUCGCCUAACAAUUGCUCGAGUACAUCUCCGGGCAACAUACGUGCAUUGGAGAUCACCACAGUAUUAGAACAAGAAAGUGAUGAUUCUGAUGCAGAAAUUUUUAGGGUUAAGCGUCGCCCUCUGAAGCUAGAUAAAAAGACAGGGAGCGAUGCCACAUCUUUAAAGCAUUUUGCUGGCCAGGAUGGCCGCAAAAGAUUGAAGAGACUCCAAACAAAUGGGAAUUCUGAGCAACUAACGCCAAGGGAUUGUCGUGGAACUGACAAAUCACGUUGUAAAUUCUACCCUACGCAUAAAGACUCUGCAAGUGAUGCGAUCGGUAAAUCUAGCAAAGGGACCACACCCAUCUCUGCGAAGUACAAGAGAUUCAUCGACGAGAAACUAGUAAAUAGACAGCGCGUCUAUGAACUCGACAAUCACAGGAGGGAAAGGUUUCAGCAUGAGAUUAUGAAAAAGCCCAAACGGCUACCUCCCUCUAUGGAGAUUGGGUCAAAGCGUCUCAAAAUCAGAGGCCCAACAUUCUUGGGGCCGGAUGAACCAAUAGUUUAAUGCAUCACAAUGGGCCUGAGGCUGGGCUGCGCUGGGCCUUGCCUCUAUUUCUGUACAGCAGCAUAUGAUAGAGCCUGACAUAGCUAAUCUUAUUCUUCACUAAUGGGGGGUUCUAACAACACACGAAGGAAGACGCCAUAGAUGAAUUUGAUGAUUAAUCUUCUGGGAGCAGUGAUACAAAAUUUAACGUCUAGGAAGCAACAUUUUAACAUUCUUUGUGCAGGCCUUAAAAAAUCGAGGCCAUUUGCACACACGGGUGGUGAUGAUGAUGAUUCUUGAAGGUAACCCAAGUCGGUACAGAGCCAUUUAUCCGCCGUCCUGGGAACAACCUUUGCUGCAGCAGCUGCUCUGCUUUAAGCAGGUAGAUGGUUUAGUCAAAUUUGACGUCCAGUUAAAUUUUUUUCCUUAUCCUCACCUCCAUUUUUGUGAGGUAAGUGGGGAUUCCCACGUACUUCAUUUCAAAAAAAAAAAGAAAAAAAAAAAAAGAAAAAAAAAAGAAGAUGAUUCAUAGUUCUUCGCUGCUUCCAUUUUCACGUUCUUUAUUCUUUUCUCUAGCAACGGGUACAUGUACCUUGGACUACUCGAAUAAAAUGCAAAGAAGUUUCUUCUUUGUUGUCACGUGUAGGCAACACAUAGAAUGUAGACACAGAACAACAGUAGGUUUUCUUUCUGAGGAGAAUUGCUUUUGUUCUUUCCUUAAUCCAUUUGAAUUGGUUUAAGAAUGUGAAGAAUAUUAACCAUUGUCAAUGGAUGCAGAGAGACAAUUGGGGUCUCAUAUUCUUGUGGGGGCAAAAGGCAAAGCGCUGCUCCCAAUCAAUCCCAGGUAAAGGACAUUAUCUGAGUGAAUGAAUUGGUCAUAUUAUUUUAUUCUGUUCGGGGGAUGGAUGAUUGGUUGCGUGGGACAAAACUAUCCCCCACUCCCAAUCAUUUCCAACCUUUUUUUCCCCCUAAAGAUAAAAAGAGAAUAUAUCGAUGGUUUGAACGGUGGGAUGGUAUGAAACCAGAAUUUUUAGAAUUAGAAAGGAACCUUUUCUUGCCUUGAAAAUAGGUCAUCAGUCCCCAAUUAUACGAGUGUUGGGUUAUGUUAACAACCGCCACCACUGUCUUGGAGUUAGUCCACUAUUUGAAUUUGUUGUCUCU